AUGAAAAUCAAGUGUGAAAACGAAAUUUUGAAUAGGAGUGAGAGAAAAGACAAGGGCAAGCGUAGUAUGUGGAUGUCGAAGACAGUGCCAGAACAAUGUGCCGAUGCCUGUACAAUGUAUGUCCGAAAAAAUGGACGAUCAACAAGCAGCGGCUCCGACUGCGUCUGGGUCGAAAUCGGAGGAAUCGUUUAUGAGUACGACGAAGUCGAGCAGAAUGAGAUGCGCUCGGCGAAGCCAUGGCAAAAAGAUCCACAUUAUUUCAAGGAAGUGAGAAUCUCUGCUGUGUCUUUACUGAAGAUGGUUAUUCAUGCCAGACGAGGUGGGAACUUGGAAGUAAUGGGACUGAUGCAAGGUCGAGUUGACGGAAACGCUUUCAUCAUAAUGGACACGUUUGCUUUGCCAGUGGAGGGGACGGAAACUAGAGUAAACGCGCAAGCACAAGCAUACGAGUAUAUGUCAGUUUAUACAGAUCUUUGUGAAUCUGAAGGAAAGAAGGAAAAGGUAGUUGGAUGGUAUCACUCGCAUCCUGGUUAUGGGUGUUGGCUAUCUGGAAUAGAUGUUGCUACUCAGGCGCUCAACCAGCAAUAUCAAGAACCUUGGGUAGCUAUUGUAGUUGACCCGCUACGAACUAUGAGUGCAGGGAAGGUUGAUAUUGGAGCGUUUCGAACAUAUCCACAAGGUUAUCAACCACCUCUUGAAGAGGGACCAUCAGAGUACCAAUCUAUCCCACUGAGCAAAAUAGAAGAUUUUGGGGUGCACUGCAAGCAGUACUACUCCUUAGACGUGAACUUCUUCAAAUCUGAACUCGAUUCACACAUCCUAUCAGCCUUAUGGAGCACUUAUUGGUUGAAUACUCUGAGUAGCUCACCGCUUUUGACAAAUGCUGGUUAUAUAAAUAAUCAAAUUGGAGAUCUGAGCAUGAAGUUGAAACAGGUUGAGAAGAGGUGGGCACGGAGCGAACGAAGCAACGAUGUUUUGGAGCAGCUCGACAAGGCCGUAAAAGACUCUCAUACGGUAUGCUGUGAGUUGUCCUGUGGUGUGCUCAUGCAGCACAUCAAACGAGCGAUGUUCAACGGUGAUAGGGGAACUGAUGCAGAAGUCGAUGUCAUAGUAGAUGACGAACAUGUCACCGAGAACAACGCCGAAGACAUUGCUCCACCCGCCUCAUUUGAAGACAUCGACUUACCUGAUGAAGUGGUUUUGGUGGAAGCUGUCAACUGAUAAAGUAUGAUUUUGAACAGUUUCUAUGUCGUUGUGAUUUGAUUUUUUGAGAAGUAUCACGCUUUUCAUAGUUUAUGUGCAAAACAACUAAUUUUGUCUGGUUACGUGGAAGUACCGAAUGUAACCUUGUCUUGUUAAAAAAAUUACGUGUAUGAUUCAGUUAGUGCCGCUUGAUUUUAGGCAUGUGCACUUUUCGAUAAAUAUUGUGAGCUGGCGGAU